UUGUAUUCAAGAUGGCGGAGAGAUGGUCAAAUUUGAUCGACGAAUUCGUGAAUGUGACUGGUGCAGACAGGGUCAGAGCUAGAUCACUUCUUGAUGCAACAAAUGGCAAUCUUCAAAUGGCCGUUGAAAUGCAUUUUGAUUCAGGAGCUACAGAUGAGCAAGCCAGUAGUUCAAGUAAUGCAGACAACGCUCAGCAGUCURUAGACAUAUCCUCUUCCUCAUCUACCGAUCACCGAUCCGAUUCAACUCAGUCUCGAGUAGUUCAAGAUGAAGUCCGUGCUCCUAUUCCACAAACAAGAGGCAUCCUCGUUGAUGAACCCUAUUCUACAUUUAGUAACAGGAAGAGAACCUCAAAGUCAGUAUUUGAUGCUUUCAGAGAUUUCCAAGCAGAAGCCCGUCAACAAGAACUUGAAUCAACAGGAGCAGGAACAAGCAAACGGAGGACAUUACAAGACCUUUUCCGACCUCCGAUAGAUCUUCUCCACAAAGGAACAUUUGAAACUGCAAAAGUCAGUGGUCAGCAGCAGUCAAAGUGGUUAUUGGUUAAUGUCCAAGAUGUCAAGGAAUUUCAAUGCCAACAAUUAAACAGGGAUGUUUGGAGUAAUGACCAAGUCCGMAGUAUAAUUAAAGCAAACUUUGUCCUUUGGCAGGUGUAUAGAGAUACUGAUGAGGGAGAGAGGUUCAUACAGUUUUACCACGUUUCAAGCUAUCCACAUCUUGCUGUUGUUGAUCCACGAACAGGUGAAAAACUAAUAAGUUGGGGCUUUAUGGAUGCACAAGCAUUUUAUGAAUGUGCAACCGAGUUUUUAGUUGAGCAUCCUGGCUUAGGAGAAGAAAGUCCACCACCUAAAAAACUUAAAAAGCAGAAUUCCAUUGUUGAUGCAUCAGAAGAUUCUCAACUAGAAGCUGCUAUUGCAGAAUCAUUACGAUACUCAACAUCAACAGCCAAUGAUAAUGCAAGCAAUGAUGAGCAAAAUGAUGAUGAUUAUGACCUUGAGUUCACUGAUUCUGACAGUGAUGGCGAGUCUUGGAUACCACAAAAAAUAUCAAAAGGAAAAACUAYUACAAAUAUAAAAAAUAACAGUGAAGUACAAAGUACAAACUCCAGUGAAGAUAUAGACACAAAUAAAAGAACUAAAAACAAUCAUGAUACAAAUACAGACUCUGAAAACAUUCAAAAUAAUACUCCAUCAAGUUCAAGUAAUGAUGASGUUACUAUUAAGAAAGAGUCAAGUGAGGUUACAUCAACAUCGUCUUCCAAAAGUAGCAAUAUUUCUCCUAAUACUGAUUGUUAUAAACAAUGGCAAGAGAAAGAAGGUCCAAGCUGUAAGAUUAUGUUAAGGUUCCCUCAUGGUGGAAGGAAGCAGGUCUCACUACAUGCUGAUGCUCCACUUUUGGCAUUGGUACAGUUUGUACAAUCUGAGGGCUUCACCAAUGAAAGAUUUGAAUUAGUAACUCAUUUCCCAAGAAAGCAACUAUCAUAUCUUGAUUACGCAGUGACACUGAAAGAUGCAGGGCUGUUUCCCCAAGAAACUGUAUUUGUACAGGAACGAUGAUAGUUUACAGAAAGAGAAAAAUAGCUGAGUAGGAAAGAUACAACAAAACAGAUAAUUAAGAUCUUUUUAGAAGAGAAUUAUCAAAGAUAUUUUGUUCCWAAUUACAAUGUACUUAAUAUUGGUCCCUGCUAGCAUUGGAUUUAUAACUGUCUCUCCAAAAGAAUCAAUUAUUGAAAUUUCUCCUUCAAACAUUGGGAAGACAGUAAAAAAUCCUAUGCUAGCAGGGUAGUACUCACAACUCCAGCUAUCAAAUUGAUGACAUUGUGUCUUUGAGAAGUUACAAACUUGAAACAAAAUGACACAAACACAUGCAUACAGGUAAUAGCCUUAACUCGUGUAAUGUGGACUUACUUCAUUCAUUGGUUCACCAAAUCUUUUGUUCUGCAUAUUCCUUCAUGUAAAUAACUUUUAAUAUCAACCUUUUAUUAGUUACAUUUAUGCCUUAUUAAGGCAUUUGGACAGAUUUUCAAAGAAACCAACUAUACUGACAAGGAAUCUGUAAUCGAGGUCAACUGCAGGGAAAGCAAUUUAUAGUCAAUUUUACCCAUCAUUGAGUGUCAUUUUGACUCUGUGGCUACUAUGUACUGCAAGUACAUGACCAUACAAAAACUGGAUCUUAUUGUAUGGAUGAAUUGAUUAGAUUUGUCCUUGUUAUACAUUUUUUCUUGUCUGUAGAGUCAACUACACAUAAUGAGCAAAAAUGUUUUUGGCUUAAUCACAAUUGAUGAUGAACGUAAAGCAUUUCUCCUUGAUUUGAUAAACAAUCUCCAAUCUGAUUAGUGAAGAGCUUUGUUUCAUUCUCAAUUGUGAAUGGUUCUUGAAACCUUGAAUGAACUAGUCAUUGUAGAUAUUGUGUACAAUACAACAAAUUAGUUCUAUUUAGUUAAUUACCUCAAAUCUAAUAAUAAAGUAAGAAUACCAUUU